AUGACUCAAUUUAUUCCAGAUUCACUGCCCGACGAGGAGCCUGCUGAGGGGCCGGCCGGUCAGCUUGCUCACCCGGACGCCGUAGCACAUACCCAGCGUUUAUUACCCGCCAUCUAUCCUGUCGGCGACCGCGCCUGGUGUGUGGUCGGCAAUGGCUUAUCGAACCAGACUUUUAUUGCCGGCGAGAGCGGCAUCAUUGCCAUCGACAGCGGCGAGUGCGUCGAAGAGAUGCGCGACGCGGUGAAACUCUUACGCAAACAUACCCAGGCACCUAUCGUGGCCUGCAUUUACACCCACUUUCACUACGUGAAUGGCACUCAAGCCUUGCUUGAAGACGUCGGCCCCGCCUACCUGGAAGUGUACGGACACCAUCUGAUCGAAAAAAAUCGCGACCGUUUCGGCGGCGAAGUCAGCCCCAGAUCCAGCCGUGGCCUGGCACACCAGUUUGGCGUGUUAUUACCCGAAAACGGUGCUGACGGGCUGCUGCACUGCGGAUUAGGACUGGAACUGCGUAAUCCAAAACAUGCGCCGUUCACUCCCGGCUAUAUCGCCGCCCAGCACAACAUCACAGACGAGACGACACAUACUAUUGCAGGCCUGCAGGUUGAAUUCAGCCCAGCACCCUCUGACGCCAAUGACUCCAUGACAUUGUGGUUUCCUGAGCUCGGCAUCUGUGUAAAUAAUCUGAUCUGGCCGGCACUGUUCAAUAUUUAUGCCAUCCGCGGCGAAGAAUACCGAGACCCGCGCGAACUGCUCACCGGCAUCGAUAAAAUCGCCCAGCUGCAACCGGAUCAUCUGAUCUGCACCCACGGGCCACCGCUAUCCGGUACACCUGUCCCUGCGGCGGUAGCAGAUUAUCGUGAUGCCAUAGCCUUCAUAUGGGACCAGACUGUACGCGGCAUCAACCAGGGGCUGCGUCUGAGCGCCCUGACCGAACAGGUACAGCUGCCCGGGCGGUUCAAAAAAUCUUACUUCACACAGCAGCUUUACGGUCUGGUUGAACACCACGUACGGCAAAUUCAUUCGGGUUUGUUCGGUUGGCUGGACGAAGAUGAAAGCCAAAUCUUUCCAAUGCCGGAGCAGGCGCGUUGUGAACGUCUUAUAGAAGGUUUUGGUGGGCGCGCAACCGUGCGCGCCCAAGCUCAGGAGGCACUUAACGAUGGCGAUUUGCGCUGGGCGGCUGAACUGGCAACCUGGCUGGUGCGCAGCAGCGAGGUGACUCUCCCGGACCAGCAACUGCUGGCACGGGUCAUGCGGCAAAUGGCCCAGCGCACCCCUUCCGCCAAUGUACGUAACUGGUGUCUGACCCGCGCGCUGCAUCUGGAAGGCCAGAUCGAUAUGAGUCGUUUCAACACCCACCGUUUUCGUUUUGAUGACGUCAUGUCCGCGACACCCACCCGCUAUAUCAGCGUGUUGCGGGUGCUGGUGAACCCGGAAAAAGCGCCCGAGGACACGAUGGAAAUGGCCUGGCACUUUGCCAGCGGCGAACAGGCGGGGCUUGCGCUACGGCGGGAGGUGGCGAUGCCAACCGAUGGCCGCGGGGCAGAUCUGCACAUCCACCUGAUAGAAAAUAUGUCUGCUUAUCUUGAUGAAAUCGAACGCCUGCGCACUCAAAUCAAAGCUAAAGAUGAGUGGCAUGCCAUCAACCCUGAAUACGCUGCGCGCAUGAAGCUGCAGAACCGUUUCACCACCGGCCUGGAAAUCGCGCAAUACACCGCUGACAUCAUGCGUCGCGACAUGGCCAACUACGACGCUGAUUCCAGCAAGUACACCCAGAGCCUGGGCUGCUGGCAUGGAUUCAUCGCCCAGCAGGUGAUGAUGGGUGUGAAAAAACAUCAGAAAACCACCGACCGCAGCUACAUCUAUCUAUCCGGGUGGAUGGUUGCAGCAUUGCGUUCUCAGUUUGGCCCUCUGCCGGAUCAGAGCAUGCAUGAGAAAACCACCGUUUCUGACCUGAUUGAAGAGAUUUAUACCUUCCUGAAACAGGCAGAUGCACGCGAACUGCGACACAUGUUUGUGGAACUGGACGAGGCCCGCGAAAACGGUGGCGACGUAGACAGCAUUAUUGCUCGCAUUGAUAACUACGAAACUCACGUUGUGCCAAUCAUCGCGGACAUCGAUGCCGGUUUCGGUAACGAAGAAGCCACCUACCUGCUGGCUAAGCGCAUGAUCGAAGCAGGCGCCUGUGCUAUUCAGAUUGAAAACCAGGUCUCUGACGCCAAGCAGUGUGGCCACCAAGCGGGUAAAGUCACCGUACCUCACGAAGACUUUGUUUCUAAAAUCAACGCUGUACGUUAUGCGUUCCUGGAGCUGGGUAUCGAAAACGGCAUCAUUGUGGCGCGCACAGAUUCAUUAGGUGCUGGCUUAACCCAGAAAAUUCCUGUGUCUCUGCAGCCUGGCGAUCUGGGCAGCAAGUACAAUGAGUUCCUCGACACCACCCCUGUAAACGAUGUUUCUGAAUUGCAGGACGGUGACGUCACUAUCCACCAGGGCGGCCAACUGGCUAAGCCAAAGCGUCUGGAUAACGGUCUGUACGCGUUCAAAGAAGACACCGGUAUCGACCGCGUUGUGCUCGACUGUAUCACCAGCCUGGAACAUGGCGCUGACCUGCUGUGGAUUGAAACAGAGAAGCCAAACGUUGCGCAGAUUGCAGAAAUGGUUAACGAGAUCCGUAAAGUUCGCCCCGAAGCAAAACUGGUGUACAACAACUCUCCGUCUUUCAACUGGACCUUGAAGUUCCGCGACCAGGUGUACCAGGAGUGGAAAGCAGCAGGCAAAGAUCUGUCAGCUUAUCCUGAUCCCACAAAUGACGAAAAAGCGCUGAUGGACGUUGCCCUGGACGAUUCUGAACUGGCUAUCGAAGCAGACAAGCUGGUGCAGACCUUCCAGGCAGAUGCGGCGCGCGAAGCGGGUAUCUUCCACCACCUGAUCACCCUGCCGACCUACCACACGGCUGCAUUGUCUACCGACAUUCUGUCAUCUGGUUACUUCGGCGACCUGGGGAUGCUGGCUUACGUACGUGACGUACAGCGUCAGGAAAUCCGUCGUGAUCUGGCCGCGGUUAAGCACCAGGAUCUGGCCGGCUCUAACGUGGGCGAUGACCACAAAGAGUACUUCCUCGGUGAAAAAGCACUGCUGGCUGGCGGUACCGCCAACACCAUGAACCAGUUCUAA